AAUCCCUCAAAAUCUUCAAGUGAGAACUUCUUGAAAGACAAAAACAAAAGGCCCAAAUGGCUUCCAAAGCUACAGCCUCACUUGCUUUCCUCCUCUCUCUCAAUCUCCUGUUCUUCACCUUUGUCUCAGCAUGUGACAAUUGCUAUGUCCCUGCCCCACCCAAGCCCAAGCCAUGCCCCCCUACUAAACCAAACCCUCCAUCUAACUACGGAAAGUGUCCCAAGGAUACCCUUAAAAUCGGCGUCUGUGCCAAGCUUCUUGGUGGCCUCGUCGAUCUUACCAUCGGCAAGCCCCCAGUGACCCCAUGCUGCACCUUGGUCGAAGGACUUGCUGACCUUGAAGCCGCAGUCUGCCUUUGCACUGCCAUUAAGGCUAGCGUUUUGGGGAACAAGAUUAAAAUCCCACUCCACCUCAGCUUGCUCCUUAACGUUUGCAACAAGAACCUUCCCAAUGGAUUCCAAUGCUAGUUUUGUAUAAUUAGCCUUUUCUUAUUCUUGAAUCUUUUAGUACUUUGAAGUCUUGUGGUUGAGGUCAUCUCUUUUAGACUUCAUUCCAAAUUAUUCUUGGUUGUUUGUUUAUUUUCUUGAUCAGAUGUUUUUUCCUGUUGGGUAAUUGAAAUUGAUUCAAUAAAAUUUUUCUAUUGGUAAA